AGUCUUUUAAUCAGGAGUAGAUGGGAUGAUUAAUGAGGAAGAGAUAGACUUUGAGACGAGGGUUUUUCCCUUUUCUUUUUAGGCACACAUAAACACAACGGGGAACCCAGAUUGAGGAGCUGAUCCCUCUGAAUCUGUUGCAGAAACAAAAGAUCAGAUUGUUGGAGGAAGGGAGAACAUCUUAACUCGUGAUUUAUAAGGAUGCCUCAUCACGAAGUUGACCAAAUAGAUUACAUGGCAGAAGAAGGGGACAUGUCGGAUUUUGCGGACGAUGUGGAUGGAGAGGAAAACGGUGGUGGAGAUCGAAGUCUUGAUGACUAUGAUAUGCUUACGAAGGUGACGGAUACGUCCUCUGCUCAAGCAAGGACAGGCAAAGAUAUUCAGGGCAUUCUGUGGGAAAGAUUGAAUAUAACAAGGGAAAGUUACAGACGUACAAGGCUGGAACAGUACAGAAACUACGAGAACAUUCCCUUAUCGGGCGAUGCUGUUGAUAAGAAAUGCAAACAAAAAUCGAAGGGCGGUUACUACUAUGAAUUCUUUCAUAAUACGAGAUCAGUGAAGCCUACGAUCCUUCAUUUUCAGCUAAGGAACCUGGUAUGGGCUACCUCGAAGCAUGAUGUAUAUCUCAUGUCUAACUACUCAAUCAUGCACUGGUCAUCAUUAUCACAAAACUUGACGGAAAUCCUUAACUUCUCUGGGCACGUAGCACCUACUGAGAAACAUGCUGGAAGUUUACUGGAAGGCUUUACGCAAACUCAGAUUAGUACACUAGCAGUUAAUGACGAUUUUCUGGUUGCAGGAGGCUUUCAAGGAGAGCUCGCUUGUAAGAGGUUGGAUAAACAAGGAGUAAGUUUUUGUACAAGAACAACUUAUGAAGACAAUGCCAUAACAAAUGCUAUUGAGAUAUACGACACCUUGAGUGGUGGGACGCAUUUUAUGGCAUCAAACAAUGAUUGUGGUGUGAGAGAAUAUGAUAUGGAGAGAUUUCAGCUUGUGAAUCACUUCCACUUUCCUUGGCCAGUGAAUCAUACAUCCUUGAGCCCAGAUUGCAAACUCAUCACUGUAGUCGGAGAUCAUCUUGAUGGAUUGCUUGUAGACUCUUCAAACGGAAAGACGGUUGCGACAGUGGAAGGUCACCUCGACUACUCAUUUGCUUCUGCAUGGCACCCGGAUGGGAGAAUCUUUGCGACAGGCAAUCAAGACAAGACUUGCAGGGUAUGGGAUCUAAGGAAUCUAUCAAACCCAGUUUCGGUUCUGAAAGGCAACAUGGGUGCAGUAAGAUCAGUGCGCUUCUCUUCAGACGGGCAGUUCUUGGUGGUGGCAGAACCUGCAGAUUUCGUUCAUGUGUAUAACACCAACUUAAACUACGAGAAAAGGCAAGAAAUUGAUUUCUUUGGGGAGAUUUCGGGUGUUUCACUUAGCCCUGAUGAUGAAAGCCUUUACAUUGGAGUAUGGGAUCGGACUUUUGCGAGCUUGCUACAGUUCAACAAACGACAUAGGUAUGGGUAUCUUGAUUCGUAUGUGUAGUCUAGUCCCUAAUAGUCACCCUGAAAUAAGUCGGUCGGAGUUGUUUGUUUUUGUUUUGUUGUGGAUUGGAGACCAUGGAAGUAGUAGUAUCUAAAACAUUAUUCCCCAGUGACAAGAAAGAAAAUGUAUAGUAAAUAUGGAGAAAAGGUUUGUUAAGUAUGUUGUCAUGACAACUUGUUAAUGUCAUAUGGGUUGUUACUUGUUAAUAUC